AUGAAUCUACUGGUCCACGAGUUGGCUGAAUCACUUUUAAAAUACGUUCUUCCAGUGGAUAUUGUUGACAAUAUAAUUGCCGCAUACAACUCUUCACUGAAAACAUGGGAUCUGCAUCCUCCAAAUUACACGACGUAUUUCCGGCAGGGAACGGCGACGUGGUUUCAAGCAACAAGCAAGUCUGUCUACGAGACUGGUGGUAUGAACAUAUGCAGCAAUGCCAGGCCCUGUAUAACGGAGAUAGAUAUGAGACGUAAUAUAAUGAACAGGGACAUCCCACUCUUUAAUAUUCUUAAUUCUAUAUACAACAACGGACAUUGGAACAUAACGGGGAAUAUUUCUGUGUGUACUUGGUGA